AUGGAAAAGUCAGCCUCUGAAGUGGCUGAGGUACCAGAUAGCGACUCCUCUCCAGUCGCCCUCGAGCCACCGAACGCUGCCCAUCAGAGUGACAGGAAUUCGUCCCGCUGGAGAAUCGGCUGGCUAGUACCAACUCAGAUGGUUGUACUCCUGACAUCCGGAACUCUUCUGGCCGUUGGACAUCAUCUGUACUAUAAUUCCCUGGCUGGACAACCUGUCGGCAAGACAUCGCAACAAUGGGCCACCAGAUUUGGUACUGCGUUCACGUUCCUUGUCAAAGCCUGCCUUGUCAGUGCUGUUUCGACAGCAUACAUACAACACAUUUGGGUUAUGUUUCGACAGAAAAGCAUGUCUAUUGGUGCACUAGACGCGACUUUUAGUGCUACUACUGAUCCAUUUUCCUUCUUAAGCAUCGAGAUGCUUAAACGGGUAAAGAUUGGGGCCCUUCUUGCCUUGCUGACGUGGACCAUUCCAUUGGCAACGAUCGUGCCUCCAUCAACAUUGUUCGUCAUACCUGCCGUCGCGCCGGAAGUUCUCAAUCUGCCCGUCAAGGCACCGAAUUUUACCGCGGCGGAGACAUUUGUUAAUUUCAAUUUCCACCACACUCCGGGCCAAGGGAGCCGCCAACCGGUGGAUACAGCGAAUUACCAAAAGCCGAUUGCCCAACUUUCCAGGCUAGCAUCCAUUGCACUCAUCGGAGGUGAUAUUGUUUCUAUUGAAAGCCCAGCUCCGAACGCUACCUACACCUUACAAUUCUUUGGACCAUCGGUGCAAUGUGACACCGCAAAUUCAACCACCAUGGAUAUUCUGAGUCUGAGAAUGGGAUACCCCCUCUCAGCGAGUUCAGUGACCGAGGCGCUAGCAUACACCGCGGUUCUGAAUAAUCAAGAACAACUAUUAGUUGGUUGGACUAAGACGGUUAACGGGACUCAAAUCCAUGGGGUACUUUGUGAGCUCUACAACACAUCUUACACUGUGCAUUUCCACUUCACGAACACAUUGCAGACAGUUGAUCUGCUAGAUCGAACAAUCAUCAAUCCUACCGCCAUUUCGGGAAGUACUUACGUUAUUGUUCGGGACAUCACUGCCCCCGUGAACACUACACAGUUUGACAAAUCCACUUCCCCUGUGUUUCAAACCUAUUCCUACCUAGGCUUGCUCACUGCAUUUGCCAAUGUUAUCGUUGGGGAUCUGAGUAUCGCCGUAGAUGCGACUGAUUCUACUACGUCGGUACUGAACACCAAGUUGGGUUUCGGGCCCGACCUGAAUACUCUAGCUUCAGAACAGCCGAGGAGUAUUCUAUUUCCGAAUUUGACGAUCCAGGCAGGAUUGGAGGAGAUGUGGUUUAAUUUCACGAUGUCAUUAUUUGGCGCAGACGGGAAUGUGACAAAGUAUAAUGAAUCUACAGCCGUCACGUCAGACAUUAUACAGAACAUCUUCCAAUAUAACACCCUCGAUCUUUUUCUCGCCUACUUCUUUUCUGUCCUCGUCACUACCUUUGCUACUCUCGUCGGGAUCCGUGCUCUCUAUAUAAACCGCGUCAGCUACGCUGCUAACUUCUCAUCUAUCCUGCGGACAACUCGCAAUCCGAACCUCGACCAGAUUGUCCGCAAUACGGCGUCUACGGAAUUGGACACAAAGUGCAAUUGCAUGGGAGCUAAACCGCUACCAAAGUCGUUGAAAGGAAAACAGUUGAAAUUCGGGAUUCCGAAUGGGUCGGGCCACGCAUCGUUUGAUGUUGUAGAGGAGGGACAAGAUGGGGCGCAGGAGGAUGGGGUGCAGGAUAUACGUGGAAUAACGGAGUGCCCGGGGAGUGGGCAUCAAGCGCCGUAG